GUUUGGGAAAGAAGAUAUAAUAGGCUUUAACAGCAGCUGAUGAAGUUCAGAAUGAAAUCUGCUUCAAACCACACGUCUGUAAGACACAUUUAACAGAGAAUGGAAGAGGUGAUCAGGGGUUGGAUGAACAUCAGUGGUGUGAUACAGGAGCUUCUGCUCAUCCUGACAGGAAUCUUACUGUUGAUUCUGCUCCACAAAACCUGGAAGAAUCAAUCAGCUGUUCCCGGACCCAGUUGGUUGUUUGGUGUCGGUCCUCUUCUGACCUACAUCAGGUUUUUGUGGAUGGGUAUCGGCACCGCCUGCAACUACUAUAACAACAACUACGGCAACGUGGUUCGGGUUUGGAUCGACGGAGAGGAGACCAUCAUUCUCAGCAAAUCUUCAGCCGUGUAUCACGUCCUGAAGAGCAGUAACUACAUCGGACGGUUUGCCAGUAAAAAAGGUCUGCAGUGUAUCGGCAUGUUCGAGCAGGGCAUCAUCUUCAACAGCGACAUCCAACUGUGGAAAAAAGUCAGAACGUACUUUACCAAAGCACUGUCAGGUCCUGGACUCCAGAAAUCGGUAGAAAUGUCUGUCAGCGCUACAAAUAAACAGCUCGAGCUCCUGCAUGAGUUCACGGACCCGUCGGGACACGUGGACGUGCUGAAUCUUCUGCGCUGUAUCGUGGUUGACGUCUCCAACCGUCUCUUUCUAGGAAUUCCUCUCAAUGAGAAGGAUUUACUUUUAAAGAUCCAUCGGUACUUCAGCACCUGGCAGACCGUCCUGAUACAGCCGGAUCUUUUCUUCAGACUGAACAUUGCAUCCAAACAACACCACCUGGCAGCAAAGGAACUUCAGGACGAGAUGGAAAAUCUGGUGGAAAAGAAACGUCAAGUCAUAAACAAUACGGAGAAGUUGGACGAUAUAGAUUUCGCAACAGAGUUGAUAUUUGCACAGAACCACGGCGAGCUGUCUGCAAAUGAUGUGAGACAGUGCGUGUUGGAGAUGGUGAUCGCUGCUCCGGACACGCUUUCCAUCAGUCUGUUCUUCAUGCUACUGCUGUUGAAGCAAAACUCUGGCGUGGAGGAUCAGAUCGUUCAGGAGAUAGAAACUCAAAUAGGUGACAGGGACGUCCAGUCUGCCGAUCUACAGAACCUGUGCGUUCUCGAGCGUUUCAUCAAAGAAUCUCUGAGGUUUCAUCCCGUGGUGGAUUUCAUAAUGAGACGAGCUCUGGAUGAUGACUACAUCGACGGCUACAGGGUGGCAAAAGGAACAAACCUCAUCCUGAACAUUGGGCGAAUGCACAAAUCCGAGUUCUUCCAAAGACCCAACGAAUUCAGCCUGGACAACUUUGAAAACAACGUUCCCUCCCGAUACUUCCAGCCGUUUGGAUGCGGCCCACGGGCCUGCGUUGGGAAGCAUAUCGCCAUGGUGAUGACGAAGGCCGUCCUGGUAACCUUGUUGUCGAGGUUCACGGUUUGUCCUCGGCAGGGCUGCACCGUCAGCACCAUCAAACAGACCAACAACCUCUCCAUGCAGCCUGUGGAGGAAGACCCCGACAGCCUGGCCAUGCGCUUCAUUCCACGAAUACAGAAUACGUACAGCGGUGAAAUGAUGAACGACCACAACACCAAAUAUACAUGCGAUUAGAUACAAAAUACGCAAUACAUAAUGCUGUGUUUCAAUUAUGAGGUAAUAAACAAACUUUAAUUUAACUUAAAUUUAGCUUUGCUACAUUGCGCAUAAUGUAAAAAUGGAGCUCCAGACCUAAAGGGGGCAAUAGAGAGAUUCACACAUUCAAAAUCAGUAUUUUCCAGCAAAAGCCAAAUGUGUGUUUCAUUAGUGCACCCUUAAAGUGUUCUCUUUCAUCUAUACAUUUAUAAUACAAACUGUUAAUUAGCAGCUUAUGCCAAAAUAAAAGUUAACAGAUAAAUGUACUAAUUUACUUACAUAGUUUUAUCGGACAUACAUGCUUGGCACGAAGUUAACUUCUGCCCUGUGUUUGUUUAUCGGUCUGGCUAGUGGCUUGUAAAAAUGUAUUACUAUUAUGUUUAUUAUAUAUUAAUAUUUUUUUUUUUUAAAUACUUUAUAGUACACAAGAAGUUUAGUUUGGGCCACAUUAAGUAUGUUUAUGUUGUUGAUGCUGAAACCAUCUAUACCAUCUCUACAGUAUAUGACAGUUAUAUUAAUACCGUAUCACAUUUACAUUUGUUGAAGUCUAAGAUUUGUAAUACUGUUUACAAACUGAAGAGUAACAUGAGAUGACAGGUAAUAGAUUUCUGAAAUGCAAGAUGGGUUUUAAAGGGACAGUUUAACCAAAAAUGAAAAUUCUGUUAUUUAUUCACUCUCAUGGCAUUCCAAACCUGUAUGGCUUUCUUUCUUGAGCAGUGAACAAAAGAAGAUAUUCUGAAGAAUGUCGGAAACAAAACAACACUGAACCCCAUUGACUUCCAUUGCAUAGACACAAAACCUGAGACAUUUCACAAAUUAUCUUUUGUGUUCCACAGAAUCAGAUUCAUAUACAGGUUUUAAAACAACGUCGGGGUGAAUAAAUGUUGACAGAAUUUUAAUAUUUUGUCUGUGAACUAUAACUUUAACUUCAGGAAAGUGAAAGGUGGUCUCUAUAUGUGAUUGAAGGAAAGGGCCUGAAAAAUGAAAGUGCUUGGUGACAUCAUCAGAAAAUAAAAGAGGGGUUUGGAGUGGGAGCAGGAUAUACAACUUUGUUAGAUUACAAAAGCAAUCCUUUUCUCUUUGGAAUAAAACGUAUCAAUGAAUUCUAAGAAAACUCAAGAAUGUGUGGGAAAGAUACAUUUUUGAUUUCUUGUUCACCUCAUUUUUCACUAAGAUUAGUCGUACUAUGUAUACUCAUGUAUGUAUUAGUAUAAGAAUUAAAUAAAAAACAUCUACAAAA